UGGAUUGGCCCUAAACCCAAAGCCUAUUGUACAUCAGAAACUAAAUAGGAGUCUUUAAAGAGAUCUCGAAUGAGAAAAUCAUUGUGAAGCAGAGUGACAGGAAAUAACAAUUACAAAACAAAAGAUGAGCAAGAACAAAGAAGAUGCUCCCCAAGAGUUGGAAAGCCAAUUCAUAUUACGUUUACCUCCAGAACAUGCUUCUACUGUGAGAAGGGCAAUACAGUCUGGAAGUGUCAACCUGAAAGAUAAAUUAACCAUUGAAUUACAUGCAGAUGGACGUCAUGGCAUUGUCCGAGUAGACCGUGUCCCAUUAGCGGCUAAGGUGGUUGACCUGCCCUGCAUUACUGAAUCCUUGAAAACCAUAGAUAAAAAAACCUUUUACAAGACAGCAGAUAUCUUCCAGAUGCUAGUGUGCAGUGUGGAUGGGGAUCUUUACCCACCUCCAGAAGAACCAGUUGCUACUACUGAUCCAAAAGCAAGCAAGAAAAAAGAUAAGGACAGGGAGAGGAAAUUCAUCUGGAACCAUGGUAUCACUCUGCCACUUAAGAAUGUCAGAAAGAGAAGGUUCCGUAAAACAGCCAAGAAGAAGUACAUUGAAUCACCAGAUGUGGAAAAAGAAGUAAAGAGGCUUCUCAGUACAGAUGCAGAAGCUGUCAGUGCCCGAUGGGAGGUAAUUGCAGAAGAUGAAACAAAGGAAGCAGACAACCAGGUUUCCUUAGCAGGUCUAGAUAUUUCCUCUCCAGGAAUGAGUGGCCAUAAGCAGGGGCAUAGCUCUUCAGAACAUGAUGAACUUUGGGAGUUAUUUAAUGAUAUUAGCAACAGUAGUGAUGAAGAAGAUGAAAGAGACCCUCAUGAUGAUGAAGAUAUAAACAUUAUUGACACUGAAGAAGACCUAGAGAGGCAACUACAAGACAAGCUUAAUGAAUCUGAUGAGCAGUGCCAAGAAAAUGAGGAAACAAAUCAGAUGGUUGUGGGAAUUCAGAAGCAGAUUAAUAUAAUGAAUGGUAAACUCCAAGAGACCCAAGUGAGAGCAAGACAAGAAGACCUCAUCAUUAAAGUAGAAAAUCUGGCACUCAAGCCCCAGGAUACAGCUGUGCUUGCAGCUCAAGAGGUGAGGAGGGAGGGAAGAGCCAAAAGGGGCAGAUCAAGGACAGAGACUGAUGGGAGAGAAUGA